AACUGGAACAUCGAAUCGUUCUUUCAUAGUCACAAACCCCGUGAUAGUCUCCACAUAGGCAUGUUUCAAUCGAUGUAGUAAAUUAGUACCUGUAGUCUCUAACUUCACUCCUGUUAGUCUCCAACUGCCAUUUUAAAGCUUGCAACAGCAGUAAUUACGCCGUUUAAAAAUACCUUCUGGCCCAUCAGGCAUUAUUAUUGUAACGAUAUGGCAAACAUGGAAGCCUUGCUUAAAAAAGAACUGGGAACUUCGAUGCUGAAAGCCUCUGGCGAUGCAGCAGUGGGCUGCAUCAGCGAGGGACAGAGCUACGACAUUGACAGCGGACGGGUUUUUGUGAAAAUAAACCACAGGAGCCAGGCCAGGCUCAUGUUUGACGGAGAAGCAGCCAGCUUGGAUUCCAUCUUGAAGACACAGACAGUGAAAGUACCAAAACCAAUGAAGGUGAUUGAUCUUGAGACUGGUGGUGCGGUGUUUGUCAUGGACCAUCUGGAUAUGACGAGCCUGAACAAAUAUUCUGCGCAGCUGGGGGAGCAGCUGGCUGAUCUGCACUUGCACAAUCAGAGGCAGAGAGAACGGAGGGACAAGGAAGAACAAACUGUUGGGAAAGGAUCGGGCCAGUCUGAUGUUCCCAUCAUUGAGAAGUAUGGGUAUCACACUGCCACCUGCUAUGGUUACUUCCCACAGGUGAAUGACUGGCAGAGUGACUGGGUGGCCUUCUUCACCCAGCAGAGGCUGCAGCACCAGCUGGGUCUGUUGGAGCAGUCCUGUGGAGACAGGGAGGUGCAGGAACUAUGGACUCAGCUGCAGCCUAUGAUCCCCAAGAUGUAUGAGGGGGUGCAGGUGUACCCCGCCCUGCUUCACGGGGACCUUCAUGGGAACAAUGUGGCUGAGAGCUCAGACGGCCCCAUCAUCUUUGACCCUUGCUCCUUCUACGGCCACACCGAGUUUGAACUGACCAUCUCUGUGAUGUUUGAGGGGUUCGACAGCUCCUUCUACUCCGCCUACCAUAAGAAGAUUCCCAAAGCGCCCGGGUUUGAAAAACGGUAUCAGCUCUACCAGGUCUUCAACUACCUCAACCACUGGAACCACUUUGGUGGUGAAUACAGGGAAGCCUCACUGCGCACAAUGAAGAACCUUCUUAAGUAGUCUUUGUCUCUGCCUGAUGGACCUGAAGGAAGCUGCCCGUCGCUCUGCCUGCAGCCCAGGGCUUGUCUUUAAAUUGACAAUGCCCAUUUUGCACAGGGGCUCUUUUUGUUAUAAAGUAUUAUAAAUACACAACUGACAGUGCCUUUCAGUGGGAUGAUUAAUUUUAAAGAUGCUAGUUUUAAAGGCUUCCAGAUGGCCCUUGUGGGAGGGAACUCAGUUUAAAUAGUUUAAAUAGCUGAUGACAACAACAGGGUUGUUAUGCUAUUCAGACUGUGAUGGGGAAAAAAUGAUCCUGGGGUUAUACAUUGCAUUGUAAUUAAAAACAGUAAUGUUCUUUGCAAAUAAAAAUACUACAUGCAA